AGACGCUUUUUUACCGAGCUCCGUACCAAACUUCAGAAAGAUUGUGAAAAAUUUAAAUUAAAAAAAGUUUAGUCAUUAUUAUCUUUAUUUGUUCAAGAUAUAAGACCUUUCCUGUGACUGGAAUGAUAAUUGGAUCAUUUAUUUCAGCAUGUCCAUGACAAAAAAAGAAAGGAAAAAGUUAGCCGUUCUAUUGCUAAUCAACAAGAGAGAAACGUGCUUUUAGACAACUGCCAUAACUACACUUGGCCUAUGGAUAAUAUCAUGCUUUCGAAUGCUGAAGAUGACGAAUUCCCCUCUUUACCGGUUACUCCGUGCAAACCUCCACCCUCCAAAAAACCCAACAUGAACUCUGACAUCGUGGCUACUCUCUCCUUACUCAUCAACUCCAGGUGUGAUGCCAUUGAGAAAAUGGUAGGCGCGAACACCAUGGUUAUCGAAGGCUUGAAAAAGACUGUGGAGUUUGCAUGUGGUGAAAUGAAUGAUGUGAAAACGAGAGUGGCAAAAGUUGAAAAAAAUGUGGAAAGGGUGGAAAAGAAUAACAAUGUCUACCAUAGACAUCUCAAUGAUCUGGAACAAUACACAAGAAAAUGGAACCUGAGACUCUACGGCUUGCCAGAGGUGGAGAAGGAAGAUGUGCGAGGAGAGGCUAUCCGUAUCUGCCAAGAAGUUUUGCCUGCAGAGAAGAACAAAGUUGGUGAUACCAUCGACGUUGUACAUCGCCUCGGCAAGAAGCAACAGCAAAGCGAUUCAAGACCCAGGGGUAUCAUCAUCCUAUUCACUACCAGAUUCUACAGGGAUGCUGUCUGGAAAUCUGCUAGGAAGAACGCCUUCCUUCAGAGCCAUGGUAUGCGUUUCGCCGAGCAUCUCAGCCCGGAAGACAUAGAAAGAAGGAACAAGUUGUGGCCAACGAUCAAGAUAGCACGAAGUGAGGGGAAGGCUGCUUACUUCGGAGGAUGAGGUUUCAUCAACGGUUCAGAAAUCCAUAUUCCUCCCUAAAAUCUCACCAGAAGGAACAGGUUGAUGGUUUCAGCCAUGGUAUUCUCAUUUUCCUUAUGUGGUUAACCUAACAAGAAUCA